GAUGCAAACGAAACUGGAAUUGGCAUGGGUUGGCUACGACCGAUACUUAAAGCGCUCUAGUUCUGGCUACACGAGUUUAUUUAGAGAGGAACAAAGCAAACGAUGAAGCCAAUAUCGAAGCUGGAAGUUGAAGUCGAGGAUGUUCAGACAGAAAUACUGAUGCAAUCCUUCUCCGAUCGGGUAUUUAUACUAGUGACUCAACUGGGGAAAGUUGGAUGUUUGAUCCAAGCCGCUAUCCCACAAAGCGUUCAACUUUCUCAUCCCCCUGCUUCCACAUCCACAUCUACAGGAUCCGACGGACACGAACCCGAAAACGAACAACACAACUUGCUGAUCCCAACACCCCCACCUUCGAUCGCACUUACACCUCUCUUCGGACAACCCCCCUCCCCAAAGCUCCACACAUAUUACAGCCUCCUCGCAUCUCAAUUAUCGACGCUCGUUUGGUUUUCAGAAGAGGCAGGCGGAUCCGUUAGUCACAGACGACCCGUCAUAGUUGGGAUCGCUCUAAAACGGAGAGAGGGAGAUGACACUCUUGAUGAAUCUCCUGGAAAUGAUCGUGAUGGCAAUAAUGGGAUCGUAAAUGCUGUUCAAUCGUUGCUGAAUUAGAAACAUAGGGGCGACCUCGGCUAGCCUUGGCGGCAUUUAGCAUAUUGGUGUGUUUGCGUAAAUUCGAUGGGAUGGAACAUUGGGUCUAGACAUCCGCGAGGAAUAUCUGACGCGACCUCGGUAAGGCACCGGAUGUCCGUCGUACACCCGCUAGGUACGGGGCUCAAACGUCCAUUCAUGCCGUGAUCAGCGUUAAAUACAAUCAGGGGAACCACUUCACACGAAGUUCUUUCUGCCGACCUCUUGAUAUGUAAAACUGUGCACCCUGCAAGUGCACAUCUCAGUGCUUUCACGAAUAGUGAGCGAACAAGUUGUACGAAUGUAAAUCCUCUUCAAGUUAAUGAAAUCG